CUGCCCGAGGCUGCUCCACGUGACAACACUGGGACGGAUGGCUCCGUUAUCGGGGCUGACGGUGACGGUGGUGACAGUGGCUCCGUGAUCGGGGCUGAUGGAGGUGUUAGUGAAUUAGUGGUUGGGGCUGAUGGUGGUGGUGAUAGUGGCCCCGUAGCUGGGACUGAGGGUAAUGUGGGUGAGGGAGAGGCGGUGGUCAGGACAGGGCAGAGGGUGGAUGACCUGGGGAGGCCAGAGCAGGCUGCAGAGAGUGCUGCUGGGCGGGAUGUGGAGCUGCUGCAGGUCAGCCCUGACAUGAGGAGGAAGGAUCCAGCAGAAAAAGAGCCUUUGUGCUCCAACGACUCUCAAUCCAAACCAGAGCCCGACUCAGAGAGCCCAAAGCCCGACUCCACAAAGUGCCUCACGGAGCAGCGUGAAGCCCCCACAUGCUUCAUGCCAGAUGUGCAGAGUAACUCCACAGGUGUUUCAUACAGAUUCAGAUGUCCUUCUUCGGGUCAGUUCCAGUGUGCUCUCACUGGGCUGGUUUUUGUCAUGGUUCAGGAGGCGGAGCUUCUGUACAGGACCGUCCAAUGGGACGAGACACUGCUCCAGUCGGCCGGCAGGACGCCUGCAGGGCCGCUGUUCAACAUCCAGUGUCCCGAUCAUGCCAUGUGUCAGCUCCACCUUCCUCACUGUGAGCUAGAAGACGCUCUGCUCUCUGAGGAGCGGCUGUCCGUCAUCCACAUCUCUGAUGAUGGACUGAGCCUCCUCACGCCGCUGGAGAUCACACACACUCAUGUGAUUGUGGAAGUCCCUCAUCUCUCUCUCUUUGGCCUCGUCUGGGACCUUGUGGGGAGGUUCUUGAGAAUUAGGGGCCAGGUUCUGCUCCUCCUUCGACCUCCAAACGUGGAAACGCAGAAAAAAAGCCUGGACGUGAUUCUGCUGCCCAGCAACAUCCCCGUGGAGGAGUUCAUUAAUGGAGUCUCUGAUUCUGUGCUGAACCAGCUGCUGGAUAAACUCUUUCAGCACGGUGUUAUGAUUGAUGAGGAGAUGCAGACAGCAAAGACGAAGCUCAGAGCAGAGAAAGCUCGAGAUGUGAUUGAUACUGUGAUGAGGAAGGGACAUGAAAGCAGCAAAACUCUGAUAGAGGCUCUCAGGGAGGUGGACCCCCGCCUUUCCAGAGAGCUGAAGCUGUGGAGGAAGGAUCCAGCAGAAAAAGAGCCUUUGUGCUCCAACGACUCUCAAUCCAAACCAGAGCCCGACUCAGAGAGCCCAAAGCCCGACUCCACAAAGAGCAUCACGGAGCAGCGUGAAGAGGCGGAGCUUCUGUACAGGACCGUCCAAUGGGACGAGACACUGCUCCAGUCGGCCGGCAGGACGCCUGCAGGGCCGCUGUUCAACAUCCAGUGUCCCGAUCAUGCCAUGUGUCAGCUCCACCUUCCUCACUGUGAGCUAGAAGACGCUCUGCUCUCUGAGGAGCGGCUGUCCGUCAUCCACAUCUCUGAUGAUGGACUGAGCCUCCUCACGCCGCUGGAGAUCACACACACUCAUGUGAUUGUGGAAGUCCCUCAUCUCUCUCUCUUUGGCCUCGUCUGGGACCUUGUGGGGAGGUUCUUGAGCAUUAGGGGCCAGGUUCUGCUCCUCCUUCGACCUCCAAACGUGGAAACGCAGAAAAAAAGCCUGGACGUGAUUCUGCUGCCCAGCAACAUCCCCGUGGAGGAGGUGUGCUCUCAGCAUCCACGUUCUGAGUACAUCAAGACGCCUUCAAACUCUCCCAGAGGGGAGUCUUCACAGAGGGAUCUCCCAGGACUCCAAGCAAAGGACAGACUGUCUGCUGUCCGGUUGCAGUUCAUUAAUGGAGUCUCUGAUUCUGUGCUGAACCAGCUGCUGGAUAAACUCUUUCAGCACGGUGUUAUGAUUGAUGAGGAGAUGCAGACAGCAAAGACGAAGCUCAGAGCAGAGAAAGCUCGAGAUGUGAUUGAUACUGUGAUGAGGAAGGGACAUGAAAGCAGCAAAACUCUGAUAGAGGCUCUCAGGGAGGUGGACCCCCGCCUUUCCAGAGAGCUGAAGCUGUGGUGAGGGGCCCAAACCCCGGACAAUGGAGGCUGGUGGGGCUCUAUAGCCACUCGGGGACUUUUACACAACUUCAAAUGUGGCCACAAAAAGUUCAUUGGGCUGAGAAAUGCUGCAGCUCCAUCUCGUACUUGCUGAGCCCCAGGCUGACGAAAUGAACUGAAAAGACUCACAAUCAGCUGAGAAAGUUGCUCAGAAACUGCUGGAAAGUCCAUUCUGAGGCUGAAACCUCAAAAACACACUGCUGUAUUUGAAUUGUGCAUUUAAAGCUUCCAAUCUUUAAAAAAAAACAACAACAACAUGGCCAACACGAAUAAGUUCCAAUCUGAGACUGUACAGGCAGAAAUGCACAAAGGAUCCCAGCCCAGAUUAUCCACUCAACCACUAACUUCUCUCCCACAGAUUACUCAUAAAGCAGAAAAGUGUGGAGGCGGUUUCAUUAUUUUGAUUUUCUUACUUUAUGGCCCAAUUCAAAUGCAUUUACUUUCUUUUUUUAUCCACAUGUGAGAUGUGUUAUUUUGAGAAUUGGUGGUGCAUGAAAACCAAACAGGGAGUGUUUAGCUGUCAGCUGUUUGUUUUGUCACUUUGAUUCAAUAAAUACUUACUUUCUGUAUUUACCAUCAUUUCUAGCAGUGGCGGACUGUGCAUUUCACACCUAGGCCUUCAGUAGUGCUCCGUCUGAAUCAAUUCACCCCUCAAUAACUAUUAUAUGGUUAUAUAAAUCAUUUUAUUAUGUAGAAAUGCAGUAGGGAUGUCCCUAUCCAGUUUAUUGUAUUAAAGUUUAAAGUUAUUUAUCUACUUAUUUAGUUGUCAGACGCAUGUUGAACACG